AUGUCACAUGAAUUCAACAUUGAGAAGUUGCAGCUCGUUGAAGCAGAGAAGAAGAUAAGACAAGAGUACGAGAAGGAGAAGCAAGAUGUCAAAAGGAAAAUUUGUGAGUUUGCUUGUUGUCAUUCAUCGAGGAUCAAAGUGCUACAAGUACAAUAUGACAUUGUCAAUACAAUUUUGGAAGAAAAAAAAGUUUGUAAGUUUAGAACCAAAUAA